AACUCUUUAUGCCAAAUCUUCUAGCAGUUUCUUUACUCUGGUGAAAAUUAUUUUUGAUUUUUUCUUGUUUAGGUUUUCCUCCUUCAGCCGUUCAAAUCCUGUAACCUGCCAAGAACUGUAAUUUUAGUAAUAUUUUUGUGCAAAAUCUUGGACAGAAGUGGACAAAGUGUUUCCCUUUAACAGUAUAAUUUUCAACAUAAAAGGAAACAGCUAUUGUAAUCAUCUUUCAUCACCUUUCCAUCGACACCACUUGAUAAAACCAAACUCAACCUGGACAUUAAAAUUUGGGUCAAGUACAAGCAACACUUUCUGUUUUACUUUCAAUUGAAACAAACCAAAAUAACGGGAUAAAAAGUGAACAAGCAACCCAACAAUGGAUGAUGUUUGGUUACCUUUCUUGACACACGCCAUCGAAAAAUACCUCUUUUUAUCAUCAUCAUCAUCAUUUUAAUACGCAUCAUUUGGUAUCAUCUGCCGUUUUAAUCAUUACCAUCAUUAUUAUGACUUUUUGACUAUCUACAUAAUAAAUGUUUAAGGUUAAAAAGGCCCAACAGUGCUAUUGACAGGUUAAAAAGAUGGACAAGUUGGAUUUAAUGGAAAAUAAAAGAUUAACUCGAUAAUUGCUUGAAUUAUCAUCAUAAACAAUCUCAAGUCUUGCAUUAUUAUCACCUUGGGUUGGAUUGCAUAUUAAAAUAUAUUCUGGAAGACGAUGGCAAAGGUAAAGAUGGCGCUUCUCGGUUUGAAAACACAGUUUUUGAAUAUUGCUUGGCUUUUGGAUGCAAACUUACCUUCAAUCUACAAGUUGACCUUUUUUUACUUUCCUUUGUAUCUUUGGUUUAGACUCGUUUCUCAACUUUACUUUAUUUUUUACCCAUUUUUUACUCCUUGUGUGUAUCCAUCAUUAUUUUUGAAUGUCUCUGGCAUUGGCACCAUUAUUCAACACCAAUAUGGAGAUGAAUAAACAUUAUUGGCUCAAAAUGGAAGAUGAAACCAGUACAUCGUCGAUUUUCUCAACGUCCACAGAGUUUUCAACCACUUCAACGCAAUUAACAUCAUCUGAAUACUCAUCAUCCACUCAAGUAUCUACAAUCUCAACAACAACGUCCAAUUCAUCACCAAUUAAAGGUGAAAACGAAAGCUUAUUAUCAAAAUUGAGCAAAACGCAUAAAAGUAAACAAUUACCAUCGACAACUACGAAGAAGCGACGAAUGGCUGCAAAUGCUCGAGAACGAAAGCGAAUGAAGAGUCUUAAUGUGGCCUUUGAUAUGUUACGGAAUAAAGUCCCAAAGCUUCCCGAUGCUAAAAGACAAUUGUCCAAAUAUGAAACUCUUCAAAUGGCCCAAACUUAUAUCGCAUUGCUCAAUGAAAUGUUGGUUUCCGAUUCAAUACCUGGCAGAGCCUUAACACCAGCUUCAACUUGUGUAUAAAAAGUUGAUAUUUUACAUCAUUUUUAUCUUUUUUUAAAUAUUUUUAUAUUGUAAUAUUAAAUAUUGUAUAUGUAAUCAAAGUUAUGUAAAUAAUUCAAUAAAUUAUCACAAUAUAUAAC